AUGACGUCUCUCACCACCAUGUUCGUCGUCGGACCCGAGGAGUACGUGGAAUUCAAUGAGACGAUGGGCUCAAAGGCAUUUUUGGAACACGUAUGGGAUCAGAGCCAAACUCCUCUGAAACAAGAAGGUGAGUAGCACACCAGACUACAAUGUAUCAAGCGAUGCUUGAUUCAGUCUUGUCUUGCCAAUGCAGCAGCAAGCGCCGAUAGUCAUUGUCCUGGUGCCAGGGUGAUUGUUUGACCUAAAUCGUAUCCGCUCGCAGAUACCUCGGCUUCAGGCACCCAUUUGCAUGGCACCGGUGCGCGCAUACAUGGAGAGCCACCAAAGAUCGAGUUUCCUACUGUCAAACGUAUCCGAGGCAAGGGCAACGCAUACAAGGUCACCGGCAAGUUCAUAACCUGGGAUGAGCUAGCACGCAUGAAUCCUUUGGCAAUCUCCGCACCUCCGAGUCUGGACGUGUUUAGGUCCAGAGGAGCUCAAGUGGGACACGGGGAAAAGUUGCAGCCUGGUGCUUGGCUUGAGCAACCAAAGAAGCUGCGUGUAAAGCAGAGCUGCGAUGAGCAGAAUGGGGCGCGAGGUAGUCACGAGAGCAAAUACGCGCAUGAGAUCAGCGAAAUGCAACACAACCACAAUGAAGAUGGGCAAGUUGUCGAGAUCCCGUUGGGUUCAGACGGAGGUGUAAGCAGCGAUCAGGAGGAAGAUCGCUCGGUCACCCCAAGGCCUAUGGUAAGCAAGGACGGAGCGUUGACUCCCACUAUUUCGCUAGGGAGAAGGUCUGGACAUUCGCUCUUUGAACGUCUUGGCAUGGGCGAGGAUUCGCAUGAGGCACAAGCUGGCAGCACAGCGGACGUCUUGCCAGUUUCGAUAGCCCCUUCCGCAACUCUGCCCUCCGACGCCAACGCGAGCGCCAGCUCAAGCACAGUGUCCAAGAGAAGGCCCACGCAAACGCUGCGGUUGCCUAUUCCGCAAAGCAUCGGCGCGGCUCGUGAGCAAUCUGCUCCGCUGCGUACUCCGGUUGCACAGACUCCAUUGAGCGCAACGCAUCCGCCGCCUAUCACACCUCUGAAGCAUGACAGGCAUUCUCGCAUGGAAGUCAUACCACUGACGCCCAGUAGCGAAGCUCCAUACCCCAGUCCAGGCAUCGGACAAGCGAAGGGACUCGGUCUUGGUGGUCUCGAGGGGCAAGUGCCGCAGACCCCCACAGAGUCGGGUACUUCAAGUGGCCUGGCCAACACUCUAUCUGCGCCAAGUGUUUCGCAGCCCGGCGCCCCUGGACUCUCCUCUACUAGACUUUUCGGUGGCAGCUCACCCCUUGGCCGACCUGAUGGAUUGCCGGGACUAGCACGGAGCAGCUAUGGAGCGACUGGUGGGCUAGGCACACAUGACGCUCUUCUGACACCCCCAAAAGCAGUGAGAGCUCUCCCAGCGAGCUCUUCAUCCGGCGCGCUUCACCCUAUAGAAGCGGCUCUCGGCUACAGUCCCGGCAGGUCAUCCAGCCCCAGCUCAGCUUCAAAUCAGAUUGAGGCCAUGCUGGCUCGUUUGCGCUCAGCUAGGAGCGGCCUCGGCCAGGGCGGGAGCCUCGCGAGCAAGUGGGCAUCGCCUGUCGCGAGCGAGAGGUCUUUGCCUGCCUCCAAGCCCCAUAAGCUUUCUCCAGGGAAGGAGGAGGACGAGCAGGCCCUUUCAUUGGGAAACGGCACCGCAACUUCGACUUCUGAGUCUCCUACAAAGUCUACUGCGUCAGCGACUACCGCUGCAGACCAGUCAAGUGACGAGAGAGAGGCUCAAGACGGGCCAGACGUGUCGGCUCGGGGCUCGACAGAUGCGAACGGCCCCGUUUCAGAACCACCUGAGCAGCAACAGCAUUCCACUGCGCCAUCCGGGCAACUAGGUGCAACCAGCUCACGGGCAAAUGGAAGCCAGAAUAAGCCCAAGAAUAGGCGAGCGAGAGGUCGAGCAACUUCAGAGCCCGACGACGAUGCCGACGCUGAAGAUCCACAGGCAUCCGCCACUCCGACGUUGACUUCAAGAAACACCGCAGGAAUCCGCGAGCUCGAUCGAUCAUCUGUUCGGCAGAAAAUGUCUACGCCUGCCGAUACCGGUAGCCGCUUUACAGAAGAACUCAAAGCUGCUACGGCGCCCGCAUCACGUUCCCCACAUUGCCCACCACCUACAUCCCCAAGGGAAUCAAGAUCGGCUAAGUCUGGGGCCAAGAAUCCUAGUGCUGACACAUCCGCGUCUUUGCCCGGGCCUUCUGAACGCGGCCAAGAUCUGCGCAACCCCACAAAGAGUCAAAGAAAUACAGACCGUCAGGGGAAGAAAAAGGGCGCACUUCUUAACGCCAAGGACAGCCACGAGAUCGAGGCGCUAGACUACCAAGAAAUGAGGCGUAGAAGUGGGAAAACAUUACCCAUGUCUAGUUGGGAUGAUGAAGGUGACGCUGCCGAGGGUACACCACCUUUCAAUUCUACUACCGAACACGACUCAAGCGCCGGCAGAGCGCAAACGAGGAAUCGGGGUAUGUUAGGUACGAGCUCCGAGACGGUUGGACCAUCGGAACCACAUCAGGGCGAGACCACGCCAUCAAGUCUUCCCGUCUCAGUCCCCAAAGAACCUCGUUCGAUGCGUGCUGCUAAGGCCCAACCGACGUUGCCGGCUGCAAACGCUUCAAAGGGUAGUCUCACACAGGCAAAGACCGGCGGUCCUGCAGCAGGGGGAAAUGAGACGAGGCAUCCUGAUGUUGGCGACAGAAAUGUCGCGAUUCCGGCAGUAGGGGUAAAGGAAGUAUCCUCGGAAGAGAUAAGCCCACGAAAGCACAAUCACCCACAAGCUUGGGCUGACGACGAUUCAGAUGGCGACUCGCUACCCGAGUUGCCAGAUGACUGGUCCGUCGCCACACCAAAACAGCCGAAGACUGUUGCGGUACCACAAGCGGAUGCGAAUGUAUCGAGAAGAUCUUCCAUCACCUCUAGCGCUGAUGGCAAUCGGUCUUUGGCCGCUGGUUCUGUCAACGAAGCUUCACCGGCGAAUGCUGCUUCUCCAGAAGAGAAGUCUCGACGCGGCUCGAAGCGGGGUGGAAAGGGUCGGGGUAAGAAGUCUCAGCAGACAGCGCAGUCAAAGUCAGAGCGUCCACCACCCGGCGAGACACCUGCACCGCAGUUGUCAGCGACCGAAGGCGCCCCCAUGGGCCUCAAGAUUGCGGGACGUGCCGCAGAAGAGAUUGCGCCUCGGGCACAAGGCAGAGGCACAGCGGACACAUCUGGCGGUUUGCGGAUAGCAGGCAGCGCUUCGCAUGCUGAGCGGGAAAGGUCACAGCCUAUCAGCCCUCCAAAAGGUCCCAGAGCUGACCGAGUAAGAGGCAAGGCCUCGAAUCUUUCUCUGGCGGCGGCUCAAACAGACCGCGUUCCGAAUGGCGCAGGUCGACACUCAAAUCCAAGCACACCUCGUUCAGCCAACAAGACACAUUACCAGCAAGCAGAGAUGCCCAAGUCAGCUACGUCUGAGGGAUUUACAAGAAAGCAGCACCCACGAAGAGCAGAACACGACGAUCGGUCCCACGCCUCAAGACCGCAUGGAAGACCGAGAAUUGCCGGCGCUGAUGGUGCCUUUGCCAGGCUCGCAGGCGGUGCUUUGGGCUCGAAAGGCUCCAAAGACCCGCUAGGUGGGCAUUAA